AUGGAGACAGCAAACUUUCCUUCUGAUGUGAUUGAGCAUGCUAAGGCUAUCCUUUGCGGUUGCGGAGGUAACAGCUGCGGCGCUUACAGCCAGAGCACAGGAAUUGACAUUAUCCGAAAGCAUGUAGCCGAAUUUAUCUCGAAACGUGACGGUGUCCCGUGUGACUAUGAAAAUGUGAUUCUCUCCGGUGGCGCUUCUGAAGCUAUUCGUAACGUUCUCAAAAUGUUUAUCCGACGUGGGGCGCAGAAACAAACCGGAAUAAUGAUCCCCAUACCGCAAUAUCCCCUCUAUUCUGCAACGGUCGAGGAGUUUGGCCUCGGGCAGGUAGGGUACUUUUUGCACGAAGAGACGAACUGGAGCCUGGAGGAGAGCGAGUUGGAACGAUCUUAUCAAGAAAGCCUCAAGAAGUAUGAUACUCGUGUUUUAUGCGUGCUAUCACGUGAAAAUAUUGAAACUAUCAUCAAGUUUGCUCACCGACAUAACCUUUUCCUUAUGGCUGACGAAGUGUAUCAGGAUAACGUUUACGCACCAGGAUCGAAAUUCUAUUCGUUCAAGAAAGUUAUCAACGAAAUGGGUGCACCGUACAACAAGAUGGAAUUGGCAUCGUUCCACUCGGUAUCAAAGGGUUAUAUGGGUGAAUGCGGAAUGCGAGGCGGUUACGUAGAGUUUUUCAAUCUAGAUCCUGAAGUGUACGUGCUAUUCAAAAAGAUGAUAUCCGCGAAGUUGUGUUCAGCUAUUCUUGGGCAAGUCAUGAUGGAUGCCCUAGUUAAUCCACCAAAACCAGGAGAGCCAUCAUAUGAUUUAUGGUUGAAGGAAAAAACCGCAGUUCUCAAUUCACUCAAGGAAAGAGCUACUUUGGUGAAACAGGCUUACGGAAGCAUUGACGGAAUUCUUUGCAAUGAGGUCCAGGGAGCAAUGUAUGCGUUCCCACAACUAUUGUUACCUCCACGUGCAAUAGAAAAGGCUAGGGUAAGUUAUUAUCGAGAUCGCAUUUUAUCAUAG